GAGAGUCCAAGGUCCGGUGGAGUUCCGUUAUCCGCUUUUGCACACGGCACUCUUGCUCUGCUCGCCAAGUCUCUAUUCUCUCACUCUCCGCUCCUUGGUCUUCAAUCUCUCCUGAUCUCCAACCUCGGUCUCCAAACUCUCUCGUUCUCCAUCCAAGUCUCCAAACUCUCCCGCUCUCCAUCCUUGGUCUCCAAACUCUCUCGUUCUCCAUCUGCUGCUGCUUCUAUUUGUGGGGAGUUAUUCAACUCCUCACAAUAUUCAAUUACAAAAGUCCGCCCCGACUUAAGUGUUUAAGUGUUUAGAACGAUUUCAAAGGAGCUUUCUGAAUUUUAUCCAAUAAUUUUGUAUAAAUCUAUUUCUUUUUUCAUAGAAAAUAUCUAACUGCAUAUAAGUUUUUCUGCUUUUGUACUUGGACUUCAUUAACGCAUCGUAUUUGCCGGUCUUGCCUGCAUUGGCUAGUUGUCCGCCCUGCUGGUCCUUAUCAUGUCGGUCGCUGAUCAUGCUAUAAAGGACCUUCUAUGUGGUGAUGAUACGAAUGUGGAUAACUGCGAUGGUUCUUUGUCUUCCAAUCUUUAUAUAAUUGAGAAUUUAAAUAUCAGUGUUAGCAAUGAGUUUUUCAAUGUCGACUAGAUAUCGUGGUGUAAGGGUGACCUCCGACAGGUCCAAGGAGGCUAUGUCACAGACAUUUGAUUCUGAGCGCAAUGUACAAUAUAUUGGUGAUACUUCUUCUUCAUUGCAAGACAAUUUGAAAGACAUUUUGGAAGCUUCGGCGGAUUUUUUGAUACAUACAUGAAUACAUGGUGCAAACACAUUAUCAUUUGAAAAGUGGCUGACUAGUUGCGCUGCGAGUCUGUCAAACACAUAAGAAAGAGAAGGGAGCUUGAUGCUGAUCACGGUAAGGAUGCUUCCACGUUUGGACCAAUUGUUAAUUCAGGACUGUUUAGAUCUGAGGAUUCGACCUCUUCUGGUCAAAAAUAUUCAGGUCAUGAAAACGACUUUGCCCUCUUAUCGUCAGGUGUCAAGGUGUCAACCUAUUCUCCUCCACCGGACCCCUCUAACUUCCGCCAGCCUCCUGUGACUAGUAAUCGUACAAUAACAUCUAACAUAGUAAGGUGGAAUUUCCCGAAAUUCUAAAGAAAUUUCUGGUACUGCUACUUCUUUGACUGAAGCACUUGAAUCUGACCCCUGUCAGAUAAAGGGAGUUACUAAUGUCAAACAACUUGUGAAUAUCAUCAAGGCUGCCACAACCGAUAUAAGGUUUAAGAUAACUGGUCCUGCUGCAGUUGGGGUAUCUCCUUCCGAUGGUGAUAGAUACAAUAUAGUUCAAAAUCACUUCUGGAGUGGUAACCGCCCGUUUAACUCUUGGCAAUUGAAAAGUGAUCGAUCUUUUAAGAUCGUAGUCAAAAACCUACAAUCAUUUACGGAUCCCGGAGAUAUCACGGCUGACUUAGGCGGUGCUGAUCAUGUUGCCCGAAAUGUUUACAACCCCUAUGGAAUCGAGUACAGGGACACGUUCACGGAGUGCAACGCCAGAUUCACUAGAUUCUAUACAGGUCGAUGAAGUUUGGGCAAACACUUCUAUACCAAGUUUUGUAAGUAAUUUCGAAAACAUUAGUGAAACUGAUAGUAGCAGUGGUAAACGAUCAAAAAGCAAAUACUUGAAACAAAACUUACAACGAACACCCAGCGCACCGCUUAAAAGUACCAUCUACGCGGACAUAUUUCGAGGCUCCCAUGCCCGAUGUGAUAUACCUUUGUAUUCAACGCAUGGUGUGGAACUGCUUGGGUAUUCUCGGAUUGGAACCAUACAUUUGCCACGAAUCCGAUCAAGUUCAGAUCCACUUUGCUCAGUUGGGCAAGCGCGUAAAAUACUAUUGCGGGAUUCGCAGAGUGAAAAUAAAACAUUAUGUCAUCAAGAGCUACUAAACUCGGAACAGCAGUCUGUACGACUGUCACCCAUGCCUUAUGAUGGCCUCAGCUUUGAAAGCAUUUCUCGAGAUACCUCUGGUCUUGAUUGCGGUGAAACUCUAGAUGAUUAUAAUACUUCUUUAAAACUAUUCACAGAUAUCUUUUUAUUAAGCCAAAUUGACCUUAAACGCUUACAGGCAGUACUUUGGUUAGAAUUGGCCACAAUAUUUGAUCGUUACGAAGUGAGUUUGGAUAAAAGGAAGCCGUUUAAGCGUCGCCGCAAAGAGGAGGGUAAUCUCUUUGGUGUAUCUUUAAAUGCACUUAUACGUCGGGACCAACAAGUUACUGGCACUGACUCUAAGUUAGUUCCACAAUUUUUGGAAAAACUGCUAACCGAACUUAUGCACCGCGGCUCUAGAGAAGAAGGAAUACUACGUAUAGGUGGACACAAGCAAAAGACUGAAAUACUUUAUAAAGAAUUAGACUCAACCUUUUAUCAAAAACCCGAGAAGUUAGCUCAUCUGUUUGGAACAGCUACGGUUCACGAACUAGGCGCUCUGCUAAAACGCUGGUUGCGUGAACUUCCCCAACCUUUGCUUUCUACCGAACUUAUACAAUUAUUUUAUCAAUGUCACAGACUUCCAUCCAUGGAUCAAAGAAAUGCAUUAACGAUUGUAUGUCAACUACUUCCACCUGAAAAUAGGAACACAUUGCGUUCUCUCUUAAGAUUUUUAAACAAUAUUAUUGACUUGAAGGAUAUAAACAAAAUGGACCUGCAUAACGUAUCUACAAUAAUUGCUCCAUCAUUUUUUCCACCACGAUUUAUUCACCCGAAUGACAGAACCAGCAUUGCUGAGCAAGUAAAAAUGGCUGCACAGUGUUGCCGUUUGACGAAAGUUUUAAUCUGGCAUGGUGAUAAACUUUUUCGUGUACCAAAUAAUCUAAUUAUAGAAUCCAAGACUAAGAAAACGAGAAUGGCUAAAAAAGAAUGGCUUCGGCGAGAUUAAGUCUCAAUAAAUGAAAGAACACCUAAUACAACUCGAAUUAAUACCUGUAAUGCAGCGGUCGGCAGCUCUGCCUCUGUCGGAACACGUACAUCGUAGAACAGCCGUCGUCCCACACACAACGACAAGCUGUACCGUGCAACUUACUCACACAUAUAAAAAAUAAAAUGUUAUUGCAUUCCGUGCCGACUACUGCUUUAAUGGCAACGGACCUGUCAUUGCAGCUAUUAAUAAAAAUUAAAGUAACUCACAACA